AUGCCAUCUGUGCCCCCUCCCAGGUCACCAGGGACCCUGCCCGCUCCCCAGCCUCCGCGCUGGGCUGGACAGGUGCCACGGGGAGGGUCGCUGCCGCUACCCGCCCGGCACUUCGCCCUCCACAACGGGACCCUCGAGGGGCAGCAGCUCAAGCGGCGCCGCCUGCUGCCCCCAACGCCCGCCGGCCGCAAGCCCUCCUUCACCAUCCAGUGCCUGCGGCGCCAGGGCAGCUGCGACGACGAGCCCAUCCCAGGCACCUACAACCCCUCGGGCCCCCCCGGCCCGGCCCGGCCACAGGGUUACGGCAGCUCCGAGACGUGGCGCCUGGGGGGCUCCUCGCAGGCCUGGGCCACGGCGCCCACCCGCGGGCACGUCCUCUAUGCACCCCUCAUCCUGGUGGAGGGCAGCCCGCCGCCGGGGCAGGGGGCUGUGGGGAGCCUGCCACCGCUCUCCCGCUGGUUCGUGGGGGACCGUGGUCCCCCUGGCCCCCUCCGCCUGCGGCCCUGCGGCCCACGGGAAGCGCUGGCCCGUGGCUCAGCUGACAGCCUGGUGGAAGCCGUGCUCAUCUCUGAGGGGCUGGGGCUGUUUGCCCGCGACCCCAAGUUCGUGGCUGUGGCCAAGCGGGAGAUCGCAGACGCCUGUGACAUGACGAUGGAUGAGAUGGAGAGUGCGGCUGCCGACCUGCUGACCCGCCGCCGGCCUGCCCCACCGCCCGCCAGCACCGCCAUCUACAGCGACGAGGAGCCGCUGCGGCCGCCGGCCGAGGAGGAGCUGGCGGAUGAGAUGGCCUGUGUCGGCGGGUUCUAGGCGGGCUCCCACCGCCCACAAAAAAUAGUGCUUUUCCUCCAAAAAGAUAUUUUUCCCGUAACACAAAAGCAGAGUUUUCCUCAGAAAAAAGUUUCUCCUCUCAAAGGAAAGGGGGGCAGCCUCAGAAAAAUGGCAGUUUUCCUCAGAACCAACCCCUCAAACUGGGCAUCACCUCAAAAAAAAAAGUUUACCUCAGAAAAAGGGAGAGUCUUCUGGGGAAAAGGGGUAUUUACCUCAGAAAACGAAAGGCGUUUUCCUCAAAAACACACUUUUUUUUGCUAAAAAACAGGUUUCCUCAGACAACAGGAUUUUUCCUCAGCAACAACCCCUCAAAAUGAGGGUUACCUCAAAAAAAGUUUACCUCAGAAAAAGGGAGGGUCUUUUCCUUGGGAAAAGGGGAAGUUACCGCAGAAAACAAAGGCGUUUUCCUCAAAAAAAUAAAGUUUGCUAAAAAAAAAAGGGGGGGGGGAGUUUUUCAGAAAAGAAGGAUUUUGCCUCAACCAACCAACCCAAAACAGGAGGUUAUCACAAAAAAAAAUUUGACCUCAGUAAAAGGGAGGGUCUUUACUACCGAAAACGGGCUUUCAAAAAAAGAAUUUUUUUUGCUAAAAAAGGGGAUUCCUCAGAAAACAGGAUUUUUCCUCAGAAACAACCCCUCAAAAUGGGGGUUACCUAAAAAGCAAAAUUUACC